AGACGCACACAGCAGCAUCACUCCUCCACCUCUCAUUCCCCACUUCUACAAAUCGAACAUUUUUUUUUUCUAGUGAGAGAAAAACUAUCUUCUCUGCAUUUCCGCCAUGGAAACAGCUCUCUUAUGCGCUUCUUCUCCAUUUGUUUAUUCAAACCAUUAUGACAAAGUAGGCGUUUCUGGAAGCCAAUCAUCUCACAAUUUGCUGAGCGGCAAAUUUAUGUACACAUUUUCCCUUUCUACGAGAAAUUCAGGAAUUGCUCCGAGAAGGCGUGCAGUUGUUUCUUCUGCGCUCGGAAAGGGAGUUAAGAAACGGACAAUCAUUCCCGAACCCGAUUACCGCAUUCCAAUCGUACUUCUCGGUAUGAGUGGCGGUUUUGUUUAUACGGAUAAUUUAGCAGCAGCCGCCCCUUUUGGCCUUCUAGGGUUACUCCUCUUAGUACAGGCAACGAGAGUGAGAUUCGUGUUUGAUGAAAAUUCCCUGGAGGUAAAAGUCGGUGAUGAGCUCCAAGACUCGGGUGAAAAUGCUUUUGUAGGUGGCAAAAACCGCUGGAAAUAUUCAACAUUUGUGAAUUGGGAGCUCUGGUGGCCUAGUUUCCCAAUCUUGGUUUACUUUAAGGAGACACAAACAAAACCCGAAGGACAAAUUCACUUCUUCCCAGUAAUAUUUAACGGAGAGCAACUCUACAAUGCCAUGAAAGAAAGAUGUGGCCCUUCAAAAACUAGCGUUCCUAAAUAGCCGUAUGCUACGGUCAAAAAACGAACUAGGCGUCAAUAUAAAUAUAUCAAGGUAUAAAUUGUUACAACAUUCUUAGAAUUUGCUUUUUUUUCUUUUUUUGCGACGUGUAAUUAAUGAUAUAUAAAGCGUCAUUGCUGUUGUCUACAUGUUUUUUCUAUGCCAAGAGAAUGGCUAUUCAGCAAGGUCGGUAAUGAAUUGAUCCCGAAUCCGAUUCUAAAUAUUUGGACAUUGAAAAUUCAUCCCGAUCCAGCAAAAAUGCUAAUAUUGACUUA